UGCAAUCAAUAUAAUUUUCAGUGUUAUGGUUGGAAGUGUGAAUAGUUAUUCAUCCACGCGGAAACGACGCCGCUCUGGUCAGUCAGAUGCCAGCUCAUCGAUUAUUAGUGAAGACGCUGUUGGCCUUGCUGGAAGUAGUACUCUGCCUAUGGACCUUCUAUCGCCCGCAUCCAGUAAUCUAUCAGCCAAGAAAAGAUCGAAAGGGGUUGCGCCUACACCCGGAAACUUGCAAAGCUUGGUUCUGAACAUUUUCGAGAAUGUCCGAACGUUGACUAAUGAAAAUGGAAAACUACUAUGCGAGUCACUGAUGCGAAUGCCAACCAGAAGGUCCAAUCCAGAGUAUUACGAGGUAGUGAAAGAACCAAUAGACUUGAGCACCAUUCAGAAAAAUGUAAAGAGUGCAAAGUAUUCUACAAUGGAGCAGUUUGUCAAUGAUAUGAACCUCAUGGUUGAAAACGAGAAACUCUACCACAGGAGGUCGAGUCAGGAGCAUAAAGAUGCCUGCGAGUUCUGGAACAUGUUUUUAUCUGUGAAACACGAGGCUGAAACAAUAGAAUCUGUCACAAGGGCAAGCGAGGUUGACCCUCCGAAAAUUCAAACCACCAGUCAAGACGUGACUCCUAAAGCGAGUCCAAGUAUCUCCAAACAGCAGGUAGCAGCUGCUGCGUCCAUGUCUGGAUCAGGAGUGCCUGUCGGUCAAGUGAGCCAAAAUCUGUCGAAAGAGGAGCUAAAAAUCAUAAUAGCAAAUGUGAUGUUCAAUUUGCUAAGUGUGCACGAAGACGAUAGAUACAUAGCAGAAAUCUUCAAGAGAGUUCCAAGUGCGCAGAGCUACCCUAUCUAUUAUGACGUCAUCAAGAACCCAAUAGACUUUUGGAUGAUUUUCAAGAAACUUAAGCUGGAGCAGUAUGAUUCAUUGGCUCAAUUCGAGGAAGACGUGACGCUGUUGAUUAACAAUGCAAAGACAUUCAAUGAGCCAGGCUCACAGGUGUUCAAAGAUGCUCUUACCAUCAAGAAAUUGGCAUCUUCUCUCAUUUACAAGUUCCAGAUUGAAAAGGCACCGACAGACGACUUACUGAUGCAGAAGAUAGAGGCCUUCUUCGAAGAGUAUUUGACCUCUUCGGAUAGUGAGUCGGCAGAUGACAGCGAACUCAACACCAGCUCCGAGACACUCCCGGGUAGACAGGCAGAAUACGACAGUGUGGUUGAAGACGUGGAUGACGAGGAACAUGGCAUCGGCUGUUCUCCCUAUUGGGCUCUGUGGAGCACUGUGAUAGCACCUACAAACCCAACCACUGGAGUCAGGCUCUGUAAACAGUUCAAGAUACUGCCCAACAAAAAGGUUUACCCGGACUACUACACGGAGAUCAAGCGUCCAAUGACUCUGAUUCGGAUCAAGAGUAAGAUCAAGAAGAGUCGCUACAGAGACCUCAACCACUGCUUCGAUGACUUCAGACUCAUGUUCAACAACUGCAUGAAAUACAACAGGGUCGACUCACAAUUAUACAGGGACGCGGAGUUCCUGCUUGAAGCCGUGUCACAGAGGAAAGCUGAUAUAGAUCUCAAGGGAAUCGACAACGAGGAGUUCGUAUCGAACAAGAAAAAACCUGGACGAAAGCCUGGAACUAGAUUAGUGCCUCUUGGUCCAGACGGGAACCCAUGCCCUGAAUUGAAAACAGACUUGGACCAACUGAGAAAACGACUGAGAUUGUUGUAUAAUGUGGUGACAAAGCAUACCCAACAAGAUGGACGAGAGACGGCAGAGAUGUUUGUGCAGUUGCCGAGUAAGGAGAAAUACCCAGUGUAUUACGAGUACAUAAAGAACCCGAUUGAUUUGAAGAUGAUUGACAGAAAGAUCAGGUGCAACGAGUACAAUUCGGAGGAGGAGUUUAUGGAAGACUUCCACCUGAUGUUCUGCAACGCCAGGGAGUUCAAUGAGGAGGGGUCCCAGAUAUACAAUGAUGCUAACAAGCUGGAGGAGAUGCUGAAGGAGAAGCGGGCCUCAUACACUCCACUAGCCAAGAAGCGCAUCAAUUUUGGAAUGGCCUCUGUACGUCCAGGUUAUGGACCAGGAUCUAGCUCCAACGCGGAUCCGAAUCACUCGUUCAGCUCUCCGAACCCGCAUCAAUCCAUGUCGAGUUCCGAUUUCAUGUCUAACCGAGCACCCUUGAGCCCGAUUGUGAAUUCUGGUCCGAAUUCGGACUGUCCGACUUUGGUGUUACCAAGUCCUUCGAUGUUCAACCAGAACAGCAAUGCUUCGAAUUCGUCACUGGCGACACCUAAUCAAAACACAGGAGUCACUCAAAGCAUUCACGAUAUAGCAAGUCCAGCUAUCGUUCAAACAAGCAAUAUGACUUCAAAUGCAGCGUCGGCUGUUAACGCUGUUGUUGCAACAACCGUUGAUAAAAUAGCGUUUUCAAACCCAAUGCAGCGAAAGUUGUUCACGCUUUACGAGGCAGUGAAGAUGAAAAGAUCGCCGCGUACGGGACGAGAACUCUACGAACCUUUUUACAGGUUGCCGACUAGAAAUGACAUGCCGGAGUACUACAAAAUAAUCACUAAGCCGAUUGAUAUGCAGAAAAUAUACCAGAAAAUGGCGAGCAAUGGUUAUGAAGAUUUGAAUGAGUUAGUUGAUGAUUUUGUGUUAAUGUUCAAUAAUGCGUGUAGAUUCAACGAACCAGGAUCUAGGAUUUAUAAAGAUGCGAUAUUGUUGAUGAGAGUUUUGAUUGAGAAGAAAAAUGAGUUGACUUCGGAUGGAAGUUGCACGAACGACAACUCGAAAGUACCGAAUGUCUCAGAGCUGGUGAAUAUGAUGCUGCAGCGCAUCUUCCUCUUCACUGUAAAUAAAGAGGACGAGGACGGACGCUGUUACAGUGACAGCCUCUACCCAAUAGUUUUCAAUAGAGCAUCUCAAGGCCUGCCUCCCUUAAGUCUGGACAUAAUCUCCCGCAACUUGGACGCUCUGGUCUACAAACGUCUGGACCACUUGCAGAGCGACCUUUUUGCUCUAUUGUACCAUAUUCGAAAUAUAACUGCGGUCGAUUCUGAGGCGUUUGAAGAUUCGUUGGAGAUGCAACUGUUCUUCAUGAGGAAACGAGACGAAAUGACAAAGGGAGGCGAAGUGUUGUUCUCGCCGGCAUUGCACGUUGGCAGUCGCCAGAUUGAGAAAGAGACUGAAGAACAGAGAAGAAGUCAGCCGCGACCAGCUAUGCCCCCCGAUUGUAACUUCAUCCAGAUCAACAAAAUGUCGAUGAGCAAUUACCAAGUUCCCGAAAACCAAGACGUCUCCGUGCCUGUAGCCGUUCCCGGAAGAUAUAUUUUCAUUACACCCACUCCAAACCGGGCAUCAGUUGACACAGCUUCUGUGAAACGUCAUAUUCUGUACGUCAAGGAAAUACAAGAAAACUAUGUAUCAGGCGAACUUUUCCUCUUCCCAGAACAAGUUGAGUCAUUCCCAGGUCGGAAGUUUUUGGCCCGUGAGGUCCUGCACUACACGACUCCUGGUGGAUACCCGUACACGGUAUCGGUUUCCACGGCUUCGAUAAUCGGACCACAAUGUCACGUGAUGCACGUGAAAGAUUUCAUGCGUUUUUCUGUAGCAAAGCUAGAUGAAAAUUGUGUGUUUGUCUGUGAGAGCCAGUUUAGAGCGAAUAAUCCAAGUGAUGCAAUAAAUAUAAUGAGUCAGCAGAAUUCGAAUGAACUUCACAGGGGAAUCAUAUGCAAGUUGAAGUCUUGGGGAUUGGACAGCCACCCUAGCAUUUCUCUGGUGAAGAGGGAGUUCAAGAUCAACCGAGUGGACAGGAAGUUCCUAAAAGAGAGGAUUGCUGAGGACCAAUCCACCAUGUCGGACACUGCACUCUACUGUCAACAGUUCUCUGCUCUCGUAUCCAAUCAAGCACCGUCUGACCAACCCGAUGGUGAAAAAUUGACUUUCUACGAACAAUGCGUUGUAAACAACAAAGUAUACAGACUUGGAGACGGUAUUGUUUUGCCCCUAGAAUCUUUACCCGAUCAAGGCAAAAAUUUUAAGCCUGAAAUCAAGUCUGAAAGCUGUGACUAUGAGGAAAUGGCGACUGAUAAUGAAGUGAAAGGGCAGGAGAGUUCAACUGGAGGUCAAGGGUCAAGUGGGGACAUUGACCAGGAGGUGGAUGAAUAUGUGAAAUCGAAGCUGAUGAAUAAAGACGAUGAGGGGAAGGAUGAAGUUGAGACUAUUAAGCCAACAAAGUCGAUGCGAAGAAUUGAAAAGCUGUGGAAAGACAGAGAUGGUGUAGUGUGGUUCUCGGGGUCGUGGUAUCUGAUGCCCUGUCAAGUGGAACACGAACCCACCAGGAUGUUCUACAAGAACGAACUCAUAGUCGCAGAGACUAGUCCCCAUAACGAGACUGCGUUAGCCGAGUUCAGCCAGCCUACUAGAUUGGACCAGUCGCUGGGAACUUUCACCGUCAUGAUUCUGAGAGAGUAUACCGUUUGUCGACCGACUGAAUAUGCGGAAAACGACGUGUUUGUGUGUGACAACAAAUACUUUCCAGAUGAGAAGAUCAUCACUAAACUGAAAAAAGGGCUGCGAAUGCCUAUAGUGUCGAAGAAACUGCACCUGGACGAGGUAUACAACUUCAAGAAGCCCAUCACGGUGGGCAAAGAGGCCUCUCCCUUCCUCUUCACAGGAGACAUAGAAAUGGACGACAUAGUCAUAGACCCAAGUGCGAUGGAUACUAUGGGUGUUGCCAAUCAGUUCCCAAAUGAAGCAUCGACUGGGGGAGAAGAUGAUUUGACUACCACUGGUAGUGUAGGCGUGGUGGGUGGAGCAAAUGGUGCAAACAACGGAGGCAGUGGGCGAAAGGGGACAAAGACCAUACUGAUGCCUAAAGAUAGGAAGGCCAGUGGCUACAUAGCCUUUGCUAGCAUCAUGAGGCCCAAGUUGAAGGAGAUGAAACCAAAUCUGGAGUUUGGAGAACUGAGUCGAGAAGUUGGAAGCAGAUGGAACGAUCUAUCAGCUGAAGAAAAAGAUCUCUGGCACAAGAAAGCCGAAGAGAAAGCCAGCACUCAGACGCCCAGAGCGGCCGAGCCCUGUGUUGGGUAUGAGAACUCGACUCCGGUUGUGGUGUACGAGUGUUGUUGGGAGGGGUGUGACUUCAUGUUCGAAGAUGAGGCUGACAUGUUCACGCAUCUGAUCAAGGAUGAAACUACGCAUAUUAAUGGAGCUACUAAUGAGAAUGGAUUCUACAAAUGCCUGUGGGGUCCCUGCUACAAGGGCAGAAAAAAUUCCAAAGUAUUUCCCAAUGCGAACCGACUUGGUCGUCACCUUCGCGAGUGCCACUUCAAGUACGCAGCCCGCUACAUCUACCCGCCUCAAAUCUCCCGCCACUUCGUCAGCAAAGGCAUGUUGCACCACUUCCAGCAAAACAACCCAGUACCAGCUGCUCCAGGCUCCAACGCUUCUGCAGAUAACCCAUCGGUUGCUGUACCCACAUGGAGUCAGAGCGAGGUGGUAGGGGGAAUAAUUCCGACCCCACAGCCCUUCAGAAACCUGGCUUGCGACGUCAACCAUACGUGGAAUGUAGUUCAUGUGCAAAACCCAUAUGCGCAGCAGGAGACUGUACAACAGUCCGCAUCCAAUCCAGGAAAUAUGCCUCCAGGAGCAUCCCAACAGAUUUCAACUUACAGUCAAAGUGUCAACGCAGUCUUGUAUGAGGGUCCUUUCUCUCCGGGUCAGAGAGGAGCGCUGCAGAGUCAACCCUCGCAGUCUUCUGCUGCGCAUGUCGAUGCUGCUAUGAAUAAUGCCAUCCAACAGCAUCCUGCAACUCCCGCCAGAGUUCAAGGCCAAAUAGUGGCUGUUCCUCAAGGUCAACAAACAACUCCAGUCCGCCCGAAUUUUAGCAAGUCAGUGCAAAAUGGUAGCACGCCUAAUGGAGUUGUGCAAAGUGUGCCUCCAAACAUGCAGGGACAGUUCUCGAAUGGAGUUCCCAAUCAAGGGCAGCAUAUGCAACAAAGAAGUUCAGGAGUCCAUGGAGAUGCAAAUGGACAUGGGCAACAGGGUCCACAAGUGCCUCCUGUUCAACCAGCACAUGUUCCGGACCAUCUGAUGCCUCCGACGCCACAAGUGGUUCCAAAUCCAUACAGACCGGGAUCAUUCGAAGCAAAUGUGUACAAUCACAUGUCGACUGGACCCCUCAACCCACCGCCGCCUCCAAAUGUGUUCACGGCUGAUGGGAAGCCUAUGUUUUCGAUGCCUCCUCUUAAGCGAACGCCUCUGACUCACUCGAAAGUGUACCUUGACUACAUAAAGAAUCUUCCCAACAAGCACGUGACUGAUCUGAAGAAGACACUGGCUCCCGCGGAGGAGAGACCGAGUAUCCCGAAGCACGCAGCCGCAGCCACCGCCUCGAACAUGUUCAGAAGUGGCACUAAGAUGCCCAAUGUAACCAAGGCUCUGUGGGCGCUGAGAGACUACAUGUUGAUGGACAGUGUUUCCAUUGCUAAUUACAACAGACUUCCUGAUCUUGACGUCGAUGUCAACGAGUUCUUUUCAAGAAGUGCGGAAGGAAAUGGACGAGAACUUUCUGCACAUGACUUCUGAUCCCACGGACUCAUUACAGAUUACUAUUUAGAUCUCUUCUCAUAAGCAUGUCUUGUUAACUUUGCAUAUGCAACUAUUUAAACUUGUUCUUUGCAUUCAAUAAUUUUGUAGCUGUCGUUAAAUUAUCAAAUCUUUCUAGUUGUUAAAGUGUGGUUAAACCUGAAAAAGGUUCAAGGGUUGGUGUUAAAUGAAUGAACUUGCUACUGUUCUUGUUGUUCUAAAGUUGCUGACUGAAUUCAUACCGAUAUCUUUCUCUUUA